UGGACAUCCGUUUCCUUUGACAACAAAUUUCUCAAUCAAUCCAUCAUUUGGUUGUCUUUAGGAGCACUGAUUGUCAUCAAUGAAGCCAUACGCUCUUCACGGCCACGAGAGGGCCAUCACUCAGAUUAAGUACAACCGCGAGGGAGACCUCCUGUUCUCGUCGGCCAAAGACAGCACUCCCAACGUGUGGUACACUAUCAAUGGCGAGCGAUUGGGUACCUUCGAUGGUCACAACGGUGUCGUCUGGGAUAUCGACCCCAAUUGGGACACCACUCGUGUGGUGACGGGUGGCGGAGACUCCACUCUUCGCAUUUGGGACACAGAGACCGGCAAAGCGUUGCACACCAUCUCCACCAACACCAGUGUCCGCACCUGUAAGACCGGCAAAGCGUUGCACACCAUCUCCACCAACACCAGUGUCCGCACCUGUAGUUUCUCUUAUUGUGGAAAAUUGAUUCUCUAUACCACGGAUCAGGCCAUGAAAAUGAUGCCGGAGUUGCAUAUCAUCGACACCACGAAUCCCGACCACAUGAAAGGGUUGUCGACUGUGAUGUCCAUCAAAGAGUUGGGAAUGACUAAAGUGACGUCCAGUCUGUGGGGACCGGUCGACGACUCGGUGAUCACUGGCCACGAAAGCGGACAUAUUGUCAAUUGGGAUAUCAAACAGAAGAAGAAAGUGAAGGAUGUGUUCGUUCAUAAGUCACAGAUCAAUGAUCUUCAGUACAGUAAAGACCAGACAUUCUUCAUAUCCGCGUCCAAAGACACGACAGCCAAGUUGUUCGAUACGCACACUCUGGAGCACCUGAAGACAUAUAAGACAGAGCGUCCGGUCAACUCAGCGGCCAUUUCCCCAAUUAGAGACCACGUGGUGUUAGGAGGAGGUCAGGAGGCCAUGGAGGUGACGACCACUGCCGCGCGCUCCGGUAAAUUCGAGGCCAGAUUUUUCCACUUGAUUUUCGAGGAGGAGUUCGGGCGAGUG